AUGGCUCGUAAACGGGGUGGUGGCUGCUGCCCCCGGCCGCCCCUCAACGAGGACAACGCCCGCUUCUGCCUGCUGGCAGGGCUUAUCCUGCUCUAUCUGCUGUGUGGGGCAGCUGUGUUCUCCGCCCUAGAGCGCCCCUCCGAGCUCCGCGCCCGACUCCUCUGGGACCAGCAGCUGGCCAACUUCACCCUGAGCCACCGGGUGAGCCUGGGAGCCCUGCACGCGCUGCUGCGCCAGUAUGAAGAGGCCAACGGGGCCGGGAUCAGAGUGGAUGCUCUUAGGCCCCGCUGGGACUUCUCUGGAGCCUUCUACUUUGUCGGCACGGUGGUGUCCACCAUCGGUGAGUUGGACAGCUGCUCUCUUUGGGGGUCAGAGUCAGGUAUUUUAGAUGCAGUUCUUUGUUGUCAUGUAGAUGCAAACAUUUGAACACAACUGUCUCAACAGAUGCACAGUAUAAUGUAGAGGAUUUAUUGAGUAGAUGAUGGGGAUGUCAAGAGAGAGGAGAGGAAGCUAAGGGGAUUAGAUGGAUGAUCAGUUAGACUCCGAGGCACUAUUGUCAUAUUAGUUUCAUUUCAAUUAAAUGUUGGCAUGUGAGGUCGAUUUGCUUUACAAGGACUACUCAUGACUGAACAAGGCCCCCAUUUUUAACAGGCAGCAGGAUUGCAUCUCAUCCCUUCUCUCCCUCAGCUCCUGUCUUCAUGACUCAUUCAGUCUCCCUUAUUUUUUAGUUUAUGUUAACAUAAUUUGGAAGUACCCAGUACUGUGAAAUGAUUAUCCCUUACUCUAAUAUCAACUACAUUCAUGGCAUGAUGCCAAAAUGAUAAUAUCAAAAGCCUCUCCACGUCUUUUGUCAUCUUGACAUGUAGUGCUAAUUAAGAACAACUGUAGGGGCACUUAAUUGACAAAGAAUUUGCACAUUGACCCUUCUCUUUUGUACUCCUUCUCACCAGGCUUUGGUAUGAACACCCCAGCUACCAUCCCUGGUAAGAUAUUCCUGAUCUUCUACGGCCUCAUCGGCUGUGCCGCCACCAUCCUCUUCUUCAACCUCUUCCUGGAGAGGAUCAUCACCAUGCUGGCCUAUAUCAUGCGCUGGUGCCACGAGCGGAGGAUGAGGCGCUCGGGGUUGGGGGCUGUGUCAGGGGCCGAGGAGCCCCGCAGUGAGGAGGACAGUCUGGAGGGCUGGAAGCCCUCAGUCUACUACGUGAUGCUGAUCCUUGGAGUGUCGUCUGUGCUGAUCGCCUGCAGUGCCUCCUCUCUGUACUGCUCCAUGGAGGACUGGAGCUACAUGGACUCCCUGUACUUCUGCUUCGUGGCCUUCAGCACCAUUGGCUUCGGGGACCUGGUGAGCAGCCAGAGGGAGCGCUAUGAGGCCCAGGAAGCCUAUCGCUUGGGCAACUGCCUCUUCAUCCUCAUGGGCGUGUGCUGCAUCUACUCGCUCUUCAACGUCAUCUCCAUCAUCAUCAAACAGACUCUCAACUGGAUCCUGGCCCGGCUGGCUUGUCCAGGCCGGCGCUGUCCCUGCUCGUGCCCUAAGAGAGGCCUCCGCAGACGGGUCUGCUGCCCCUGCCUCCAUAACAAACACUCCGGCUUGAGGCCUCCACCCGCACGACUCCGCCAGCAGCGCUUCAAAAGCAACGCCGUGCAGCCCACCCCGUCCCAAGUCCCCACAGGGCGACAUCGCUACACAGACGCCUCGGUGGAGACAGUGUGUGACAGCGAGACGGACGCUGGAGUGGGGAUGGACGGGGUCGCUGGGGGCCGGCGUCUCUCUGGGGAGAUGAUCUCGGUGAAUGACUUCACAGCGUCCAAUAAGGUUUCUCUGGCACUGCUGCAGAAGCAGCUGUGUGAGACGGCCCAGCAGGGCCCCAGGCAGAGCCACGUUCCUCGCCACAAUGGCUUCUCUGGGGGGGUGGGUGCAUUCGCCAUCAUGAACAACCGCCUGCAGGAGACCAGUGUGGACAGAUAG